UUUUGUGAAUAAUUUUCAAGUUAAUAAUAUUACUAAUUAACAAAUAUGUUACUGAUAUUAAAUAUUAUUAUUAAGUAUUACAACUGUAAUAAAAAUUUGUUUUAAUCAUAAAAUGCUGAAACAAAUAGCAUCUAUAAAGAUACUAUCGAUUAUUUUAUACAUGUGUAAAUGUAAAUACGUGAGUAUGGUAGUAUCUUGUUGUCAUAGUGACUAUUCAACAAUUUAAAAUCAGUACCUAGAGGCAUGAAAACAUUCCUUAGUCUAUUUACAUUGUCAAGACAUUUAUAUAAAGAGUUAUUUAGAAUUACAGUAAUUAACUAAUUUACAAAUUUAUAAAUAGUUCACAGUUCUACAAUUAUCAGAAAAAAAUAAAUUUUUAGAAACUGUAAAUGUAACAUAAAUCAGUAUUUUAAGAAAAUAUCACAUAAAAUAUUGUAAAACUUAUCUAAAUAUUUAUUAACAAAUUUUAAUCUCGAUACAUCAUGAUGGAUAUGGAGAUGAAUGCUGAAUUGGACGGUAUUUUCAGCACUAACAGUGAAUUUCGGGACGCAGUAAUAUUCUGUAAUGCAAUAAAAAAAUAACGCUGCUUUCAGGAUGAAGGAAGUGAAAGCAGUCAACCAUCCUCGGAGGGAAGUUCAGCAAGUAACACGUUUUGUAUUUUGGAGAAAGAUUAUGCAAGGAUAAUGAAGGAAAUGAGUAUCAAUGAAGCACUUGCUCCUUUUGAAGCUGAAUAUACGAGACUUUAUGAAUUCUUGUACAAAGCUCACAGAAAUGAGAAGGAACUAUUGGGACAAUGCACGUUGUUUAAGAAUGAAAUUAUAGACAACACAUACAAGACAAAUGAGCUUAAAAGAACAUUGGAGGCCUAUGAAUACGAGAUAGCUCGAUUGAAAGAAGAAGUUACUAAAACAACGAAAUUGGCUGAUGCGGCACACACACGUGAACAAAAUGCACAGGAAGUAAUUGAGAAUUUGCGUUUAAAUAUUGAGAAGCUAAGCUUGGAAAUCGAGCAAAAGAAUAAACAAUUAACAGCCGAGAAAGACACCACCGUUAGCACAAAGAAAGAGAAUCUAUUGAAGGAAAAGGAAAUACUUAUUGGCGAGAUAGAGACUAUGCGACAACGCAUGAAAAAUAUGUCUCUCUACACAGAGGACCUUGAAAAAAAAAGUAGCGAAGCCGAUCAACGAAUGACGGAAAUGCAAGAAACUCUCAGCAUGCAGCUAAAUGAAAUCUCGCGAGAAAAAAGAGCCCGAGAAAGGGCAGAAACAGAGGUGCGACAACUUCAAGAAGAAAUCAUCAUAAAGAAAAAUGAACUUGAGUUUGCAAACACAUCUAUUGAGACCAGUACGAAUAACAUGAUAAGAUUAGAAAAUUUAAUAAAAGAUCAAAAAAUAACAGAAGAGAAGAUGCAAAAAGAGAUAAACAAGAUUAUUCAAAAGAAAAUGAAUCUUCAAACAGAUCUUGAUAACGCCAUUUUAGAAAUAGAAAAACUCGAAAAAGAACUAUCCGACAAAGAAAAACAGAUAAAAAAUAUUAAGUACGAGAUUAACAGGACAAAGGAGGACAGUGCUAAAUAUAAGCAUGAGAAGGAUUUGAUAGACAAACGAUUAUUGAAAGCAGAAUCAGAGCGAUUAAGAUUAGAGCGCGAAUUAAAGCAAGCUCUGAUUAAUAUUAAGAAUGCCGAACAUAAUAUUCAAACUUGUCGCAAAGAACAGCUUGAGGAUAAGCAACGUGUUGAAUUUCUGCUGCGAGAAAAGAACACCAUUGCCCGGAGCAAGGAGACCGCAUACGAUCGAAUUAAGCGAUUGAAUCAUGAAUUAUUGCUGUACGGACAAAGCAAAAAAAAGAUCGAACAUGAGUUAGACACACUGACGCAGACUAUCGACGAUAUGAAGAAACAAAUGAAAGUUGUGGAAAAAGAAAGAGAUAGAUAUAACUCAGCGAUGCAAGGAUUAGAACGGCAGCUAGAUGAUUACAUAAGUGAGACUAAACAGAAGCAAAUGGAGAUAUUAGAUUACAAAAAAAGUUUGGCAGAUGCCGAGACAAAGUACCGUCAACAUCAAAGUUUAUUCGAAGUCGUCCGUGCCGAACGAAAUCUGUGCAACAGAAGUCUGGUUGAAGCGCAAGAGGAGGUGCGAGAUUUAAAAAGCAAAUUAAAAAUUACAAGUCAACAAAUUGAGCAAUUAAAAGAAGAUAUUGCGAUAAAAGAGGCCAAUCUUAUCAAGGAAGAAUUCCUGUUAGGAAAGGUUGAAAAAGAAAAAGAAGAACUUAAAGUUGAUCUACUAUCGUCUCGUAUGGAGAUAUCUAAUUUGCGACAACAAAUUGAAGAAGCAAAGAAGAAUGAAAAAAGUCUUAGACAGACUAUACAACAGGCAGAUAAAGACAUCGGACGUCAAAAAAAGGAUAUUGAUAACGUUAUGAAUGAACGUGACAUACUCGGCACUCAAUUAGUUCGAAGAAAUGAUGAACUUGGCCUCCAAUACAGCAGAAUAAAGGUCUUAAAUAGAACAUUACAAUGUGGAGAGAUGCAAUAUAAUCAAAAAUUAGAAGACAUUCGAUUACUCAAGUUUGAGGUGAAAAGACUUAGAACUGAGAAAAUGUUGCUUGCGAAGAAUAUUUCCAAUAUUAACGAUUUGCGCCAAGAAGUUUUUCAUUUAAACCGUAACCUGGCAAAAGAAAAACUUAAAGUUACUGCACUUGAGGAGGAAAUUCAAACUCCAUUGAACAUACAUAGAUGGCGGAAGCUCGAAGGUACAGAUCCUACCACUUUUGAACUUAUUAAAAAGGUACAAAUUCUGCAAAAACGUAUUUUGAAAAUGUCUACCGAUAUGAUCGAUAAAGAAAGAAAAUUAAAAGGUACUGAGAAAUUAUACAUGAAUCUUCGUGAUGUUUUGUCAAAGCAACCGAAUUUGCAAAUAAUGACGAACUUAAAUACGGUUCAAAAUAUGUUACGUAAAAGAGGGGAGAAAAUCAAAUGUUUCAUCGCAGAACUAAAUAUGUAUGAGUUGCAAGUAGGCGAGUAUAAAGAAGAUAUGGCAACAAUGACCAAUGAGAUAUGCAAAUUAAAAAAAAUGUAUCAGACACAGAAGCGAAAGCUUCAAAAAAUAAAUGAUGCGAGCCUGAAAUCCAAGUAUAAAACUACUGUCCCAGAUAUUUUAAUAGUCAAUAAAAGAUUUUAUGGGGGUGGCUUCAAGAUAACGACACCUACUCCUAAUAAUAUUUGUUGUAUUGUAGAAUCCGCAGCAAGUAGAUAA